UGGGGGGAGUGCAGUCGGCACCGGAGCAUCAGUAGUGCCGCAGCGACAGUGCAGUAGUGUGGUGUGAAUGUGUGUCGGGCACGUGAGUGAGAUGGUCGGCUAAGGACGGCAAAACGGAGUACCUGUCGGUGUCGGGAUGUGGGGCGGCACCCGGGGCGGCUGUGUACGGGGGUGAGCCGCCCCCCGCCCCCACCAUAGCCAUGAACCAGCUGGGCACCGUGUACGCCACCAAAAGACGACGGAGGAACGGAAAAAGUUUGAAACCGCCGCCCAAGGACGGGGUGACGAAGAGCAACCCCAGCAAGCGGCACAGAGAGCGACUCAACGCCGAGCUGGACACCCUGGCAAACCUGCUGCCCUUCGAGCAGAACAUCCUCAGCAAACUGGACCGACUCAGCAUUCUGAGGCUCUCCGUCAGCUACCUGCGCACCAAGAGUUACUUUCAAGUGACCAUGCACAAAGACAAGGAGGACGGCCAGUACCGCGGCAGAGGAGACCUCUCCGUCUACGACCACUCCCUGUUGGACGGCGACAUGUUCCUUCAGGCGCUGAACGGGUUUCUCCUGAUGCUUACUUGCGAGGGGGAAGUGUUCUUCGCUACGCACAACAUCGAGAACUACCUCGGCUUCCACCAGUCGGACAUCGUCCACCAGUCGGUGUACGAACUGGUACACUCCGAGGAUCGGGAGGAGCUUCAACGUCAACUCAUGUGGAACUCCUACCUCCCCGCGGAGUCUGCGGGGUUGACCCUACAGGAGGCGUUGCAGCCGGACAGACUGCACCUCCUGGAGCGAUCCUUCACCGUGCGCUUCCGCUGCCUCCUGGACAACACCUCCGGCUUCCUGCGCCUCGACAUAAGGGGGCGCAUCAAGAUCCUGCACGGACAGAACCGCAAGACAGAGGAGCCCCCUCUGGCUCUCUUCGCGAUCUGCACCCCCUUUGGGCCCCCCUCGCUCCUGGAAAUCCCCCAUAAGGAGGUCAUGUUCAAGAGCAAACACAAACUGGAUUUGGCCCUGGUCUCUAUGGACCAAAGGGGGAAAAUGCUCCUCGGCUACACUGAUGGUGAACUUGCCAACAUGGGAGGUUAUGAUCUAGUCCACUUUGAUGAUCUCGCAUACGUAGCUAGCGCACACCAAGAAUUACUCAAAACUGGGGCGUCAGGGAUGAUCGCCUACCGGUUCCAAACUAAAGACGGGCAAUGGCAGUGGUUACAGACGAGUUCGCGGUUAGUCUACAAGAACUCUAAACCAGACUUUGUCAUCAGCACACAUCGUCCACUCAUGGAGGAGGAGGGCAGAGAUCUGUUAGGUAAAAGAACAAUGGAUUUCAAAGUAAGUUAUCUAGACGCUGGUCUGACUAACAGUUACUUCAGCGACUCAGAUCAGUUGCUCAGCACGUCUACCAACCACUCGAGUCCGUCAAACUCUUCCGUCCUCGGUGGAUCAACAUGUUCCACCCCCCAACGGCUCAACCGGAGGUACAAGACGCAGUUGAGAGACUUUCUGUCCACCUGUAGGACAAAACGUAAACUGGCUAGUCACCACACGAGUCCUGUAGCUGUGCCGAACACGCCAGUGGGGGGAGUGGGGGUAGGUGUGAGUGUAGGGGUGGACUAUAUCGCGGACACUAGCGCUGCGGCUGCAGUGGCAGCAGCGUACAACAUGUACAGCACGCCGUACCCUGCGACACCAGCGACAGACAACGUCUACAUGGGUCACUCAGGGAACUUCCACCAAGGACUGUACGACAAUAGGUUCCUCACCACCACAGAGAACCUGUUCCACCAGUACAGACCGUUGGGGACGUAUUACACCGAGUACCAUCACCCUACCACGCCCUACGUAUCCAACGGCUUCCUGGAUAUCUCGCCGAGAAGUAGCCUUCCGACCUACGAGACUUCUCCUGUACAUCAACUUGCAAAGAGUUCCGACUGCGAUAAAUUAUACGGUUGCCAUCAGUCGGUGGAACAGAAGUACUCGCCGGUGAUGGACACUCGAGGGUACGUCACGGGGAAGUGUUCGGACUACAUGACACCCGUAGUGACAGUGCCUCUGUGCGACCUGCAGGGUAAAAAAGGUGGGAAAAGUGUCGAUAAUAUUUCUCCCGUCGUUUCGUCACCUUCGGUUGGGAACGGUUUAGUUACGCCUAAGUUAGAGGACAUUAAAAGCGAUGUAAAUAUGUUACAUUACACUCCGACGAGCGAAGCGCCCCGUCAGACCGUGUUGAUGUGGGGUAGUGGGGGCAACUCGACGUUGAACCACACGCCUACCUCGUCGACCGGGAGUUGUAGGAGUCCUUCGGGAGACCCUGGGACGCCUCUGAUGCCCAACGGAGUGUCGUCUCCCUACCUCCAGGACAAGAAGUAUGUCCCUGGCAACCACGACCCGCUCAAGUCUCUCGCAGAGAUGAACUCGAUGAACGAGAGCAAAUGGAAGCCGGACACGCCUCCCAGUCCCAAGUACUACCAACAGCACUAUAGUGAGAGUGGCUCAGAGGUAUGGCCACCACAUCACCAGUACUAUCCUUACCACCAUCACCACUCAACGGCAGGAGACCCCCAGAUAAACAGGACGGGAGUCCUUUGUUGUCCAUCUCUGAGGUGACCAAAACACUCCUGAACCAGUAGCACUAUGCAAAACAGUUUCAGAGCUGCAUCGUCUCCAAGGGAGUGAGCCGGACUAGCCAAAGAUCAUCCAACGCUUUCUGUAAAAUAGCAUUCAACUCAUCUGAAUUUAAGUUGUUGUUAAUUUUUUACGAAUUGUAUAUUCUAUCGAUUAUUUGUAAAAAAUUACCGAUAUUUUUUGACCGUUUUGUGUGUUUUCUGUGAUAAGUGUUUAUGUUUUAGAUUAAUUAUUAUUUUGUAUUAUAGUUCCGAUGUAAUAUAUUAAGUUAUGUUUGUUGUACAUUUGUGUAGCUCUUUACAAGCAAUUAAGUAUAUUCAGUGCUCGAUAUUUAAUAUCUUCCUACUAAAGUUUAAUCAAAAUACUCAAGUUUUUUAAGUGUCUAUAUUUUGUGCAAUUAUUUAUAAAUUCAUCUGCUUCAGAUUUGUCAUGGCUAAAGUAGACUUUCUCAUGAAUGUGACUUCUUGAAUAAAUAACAAAUAAGCGACUGCUCGUUAAAGA